AGUUAGCUCACGUUAGCUUUACAGCUGGCUAGCUUGCUGUUUAUGAGAGGUCUAACGUUACAGCCCCUCUCAGUUUGCACAUUGAUUUUGCUUAAACUGUCAUCUCGGUCGACUGCGACACGGUUAUUUUUCCAAGGAUGCAUGCUCCAAUAGCUCUCUAUACAACCUAAAUAACUUUUUUUUAAAUACUUACUGAUACGUGACUCCAAACUCUCGGUGUCAGGCGGCGCCGCCAUCACUACGGGAACUCUCUUUACCAUGAACGUGUCUCGCGAGGAACAAAUUUGAGAGCUCCCCUUCUCACCUCUCCAACAGUGAUGGGUGGAUGAUGAACGCAAUGGCAGCUGGCACUGGCGCAUAAGAAUAUAUAACACAGAAAAAAGGUUAUCAUACUUUCUAAUGAACCUUCUCGAUCACACUGUAGUUGUUUAUUGCAAACCUGUGCAGACAGUGCAACCAGUUUCAGAUUUCUACCGGUUUUCUCUACCCUCUAGCGGCACGAAGGUGUACUGCUGUACAUGUGUAGUCAGUACAGUUACGGUGUGGUACAGUAACGGGUUUGUUUUGGUGUUUAUUCUUUGUGAUCAACUCUUCGGGAUAGUACAUUAUCUCGGAAAGCCACGAUCGCUAAACAACGUAACACAUUUAUUAUAAUGUAACCCAAAAGUGAUUGAACGAAAAAAAUACUUGAGUGAAGAGAUGUAUUGUUGUGUCAACAUUUUACAGCAAAUCAACCCGUGAACGUGGACGUUGUUCGCUAUUUUUUCCUUCAAGGAUCUACUUCGCUGAGAUUAGAGAAUUUUGGGGAACAACACAUUGGAAGCAAAUUACAGUGAAGUCACAUAGGUUUUCUCAGUAAAAACAAUGUUGAACUUGGUUUGACUUGGUCGACAAAUAUAGCCAAGAAGCUAACGUAGCUAGUGGGUGUGCUAAACAUAUUUGAAUAUCCAGGAUCUGACAGGUUGAGGUUGAAGUGGUUGUUGACUUUCUCAAUUUAACAUGGGAGGAUGAAAUUCUAUCAUGGGGUCAUUGAAAGCUUUACAAGAAUGGUGUGGCAUAAAAUGCAAAAAUUACCCCAAUGUGGAGAUAAGGAACAUGUCUUCUUCAUUCAGAGAUGGAUUGGCGUUUUGUGCCAUUAUCCACAAACACCGACAUGAUUUGAUGAAGAGUCGCAGCAGCUGUCGCAGCAGCUAAUGGGGAUCCUAAUAAAAUAACUAAUCCCUCCCUCCCUCCCUCUUCUUCAUUACAUCCCAAUGUGGUUGGGGUCUGCGAUGGCCCAUCAUUUGUAUCACGUAGUACUAUUCUGCUUUUGCUCCAGAGACUUCAACUCCCUCUCCAAAGAUAAUGUUUAUGAAAACAAGCAUCUGGUAUUUGAGGUCGCACAGUCAAAGCUGAGCAUCCCUGCAUUGCUGGAUGCUAAGGACAUGGUGUCCACAGAAGUGCCAGACCGGCUAAGUGUCAUCACUUACCUCUCCCAUUACUACCACUGCUUUAACAAGAAGUCUCAUGCCAGUCCAGACAGUUUGAAGACGCCAUGUGUUGCAGAGUGCUCCAGUCACUCCAAGACACAACCUGACUCUCUUGGAGGUUUGCAGCCAGCCAAGUCAAGGACAGAGGAGCGAUCCAACAGUGGCAGGCCAUGCAGCAUUUGUGCCUCCUGCACGAAGCACGUCCACCUGGUGCAGAGACAUCUCACUGGGGGGAAACUCUACCACCGCAGCUGCUUCAGAUGCAGUGUGUGUAGCAGCACUCUCUUACCAGGGUCUUACAAAGAGGGGAGUGAAGUUGGCUCCUUGGUCUGCACCCACCACUUGACAGCCAGUCAAAAUGCCCACCCCGACUACAGUAAACAAACUGGAUCAAUAGAGAAUCUGCCCAAAUUAGAUGAGCAGGAGGUGACACUAUCUCAGGGUGGAUACCCGAUCUCUCUGAUUUUAUUAGAAAAACAGACUCAGGUGAGACAGUUAUUUUUGGAAGAGGAGAGACAGAGACAGAGGGAGGUGAGAGAAAGACAAGGCAUGACACACUUAAGAAGCAAAGGCCACCCUGUCCCAAAGCCCACUGUAGAAGAGGGAAAGCUUGAAGAAGCAGGGACACGGCCCAUUCAGACAACAGAAACACUCACUGUAACUCCAGACAGCGGUUCGGCUUCUGCAAGCCCUGGACGGCCAGCUCCUGCACCCAGGCGGGUGUUAGACUCCACCCCUCCUCGUCCUGCACCCAGAACCCAUCCACCUAAAGCCAUGGACAGCCCCCUUGUUUCUGUUUACCCAGUUGAUAAUAAAACUUUACCCAAUCCUUCUCGCAGGUUUGGCCAACCCAGUGGGCCCUGUAAACCCAAAGACCCACCGUGGCUGGAGCUUGUCCAGCCAGGGCCCUGGCCAAAGCUGCCCCCUGCCCCACCCCCUAGUAUGCCCAAGCCCCCACACUCAGGCUCUAUACCCUCCCUCAGAGGGAGUUGGUACAGAGUGAGAGAACCCCCUCCCAACCCCUUUGGGGAGUUUGAGGAUGAGGAGGCUGAUGAUGAUUACACAGGGGAAGAUAACACAGUGAGUGGUGCUGAAGGCCAAGCACAGCCCUCAAUGGUAACCAGCCAGACAUGGUGUGGUACCAGUCAGUUAGCUGAAGCAACCAGCUCACAUUGCCAAGCUCAUUUAGAGGACACAUCCAGAGAAGUUGACAAGUCUAGUAUUGCUGGAGUGGAUGACGCAGUAAAUUUACCUGAAAUUGCUAAUGCACCAAAGGUAGAAAGUUUAGCUGAAGCAGGAUGCUCACUUCCUGUAUCUAAUUUAGCAGAAGAACCUUGUUCAAUUGGUAUAUCUGAGUCAGCUGAUGUUGGUGGGAUAGCUAACAUGGCUGAAGCAGCUGGCGGACUUGAUGUAUGUAAUUUAGCAGAUGUUGGAGUUGGAGAAUCAACCAACUUGUCCAAAGCAGCUAGUUCACUUGGUUUGUCUAAUUUGACUGAAGCUAAAACCACAAGUUCAUCUUACUUGGCUCAGGCUGCUAGUUCCCUUGAUGUAUCUAAUCUAGCUGAAGUAGCCAGAUCACACGGUGUAUCUGGUCUAGCUGGAGCUAGUGGGUUAGGAGGUUUAGUUGGAGCAAUUAGUGCACCUAACAUAUCUAAUUUAACUGAAGAAGCUAGUUCAUAUGGUGUUUCUGAAGCUUCUGCCGGUUCACUUAGUGUGUCUAAUUUAGCUGGAGUUGAUAGCAUAUGCAGUGUAACUGGAGCACCAAGUGCUCUUGGCAAAUCAGAUAUAGCCCAGAGCCUCUCUUUGCCCAAAAGUGUGUCUGUGCCAGCAUUCUCCACUAGUUCAGCCUGUACCCGAAGCCACCCACCACCAACCUUGUCAACCAAUGGAGCAGCAGCCAGUCCUUCACUGCUCAGACCCCCAUCGCUCCCUAGUGUGUCUGAAGUGAGUGACUCUGGCCAGGUGCCCACCCCCUCUCCCAAAAUACAGAACAUAGUAUGUAAGGAGAACCCUUUCAAUCGUAAAGUCUCCCCCUCUGAGUUCCCCAAAUCCAAGCCUGCCCCUGGACAUGGCUUCCCCCUCAUCAAGAGGAAGGUGCAGACAGACAACUAUGUCCCAGUGGAGGAGCUGCAGGUGGAGCUGGAGAAACGAAUGGACAGGCUGGAGCUGAGAGGGGUGGAGAUGGAGAGAAGCUUGAGAGACUGCCAGAAUGACCAGGAAGAGGAGGACAUGUUGGUGGACUGGUUCACUCUAAUACGUGAGAAACAAAUGCUUGUGCGCAGGGACGCAGAGCUGGUAUACAUGGCCAAGCAACAGAAUUUAGAGGAGAGACAGGCAGACGUGGAAUAUGAACUGAGAUGUCUCCUCAACAAACCAGAGUGUAAGUGGAGUAAGGAUGACCGUUAUAGGGACCAGCAGUUGAUGAAGGAGCUUGUCACCAUCAUUGAACAGAGGAACCACAUCAUCAACAGCUUGGAUCAAGACAGGCAAAGGGAAAAAGAAGAAGAUGUUCUGUUUUCCAUGAUCAAGAAGAAAGAUUUAAAAAAAAGAGUCUGGGAAAGACCUGAAGACGUUAAGAGCAAAGUUCAAGCCCGUGAAGAUGCUGAGUCAUAAAGACUCUAAGAGCAAAGGCUCUCUAAAGAAGAAGAACUGAGUUGGACUCGGGCUCACCCUGUAAGGAAGGAACAAAUAGGUCUAUAUUUGUGAACAAAUACACAUUGAGCCACAAUGUAAUGUCUCAUAAUUGUACAAAUACAUUUAUGAAGAUUACGGGUAAGAGAUGGAGACUCUUGGACUGUGGAUGAGAGUGGAUACGAAUUAAGAGAAGCCUCUGAUGCAUUUGAUGGAUUUUCUUCCCAAGUGAAAAAAACUAUCCCCAUUAUACCUCCCCAUUACACUGCACUUUUUGCACAAGAUGUGAUUGCUCCUGCAUUCCGUAAAGCCGUGGUCAGCCUAUUAUUUUUACAGUUCAACUUUGUUAAAUUAUAUUUAAUAAAACAUUGUACUUUGUAUGAACAGAA